CUGGUGUCGGACUUUUUUUGUCCAAAUGCGGGAGGCGUUGAGACACAUAUCUACUUCCUGGGGCAAUGUUUAUUGAGGUUAGGUCAUAAACAGGUUAUUGUAAUUACACACGCUUAUGGUGACAGAAGAGGAAUUCGUUAUCUAUCGAACGGACUUAAGGUAUAUUACCUCCCUUUCUUGGUUAUAUACAAUGGAUGUAGCCUUGCCACGAUUAUUGGUAGUCUACCAUGGCUAAGAAAAAUUUUUCUUCGAGAAAGAAUCCAAAUAAUUCAUGGGCAUGCUGUAAGUUACCAAGAUUCAUUCUCGCUCACGUUUUCGUCCAUGGCUCAUGAGGCAAUGUUUAAUGGGUGGCUAAUGGGUAUUCAUACAGUAUUCACUGAUCAUUCCUUGUUUGGUUUCGCCGACGCUUCUGCUAUACUCACAAAUACUCUCGUGCUGCAAUAUUCUCUAACAAACAGUAAUUUGCGUUUCCUAUACAAGGUUGCUACUUUUAUAUAUUCGAAACAAGUUGAGCUUGAUUCGAGUUUUGGGAACUUCAGCAAAGAGAAUACGGUUCUCCGCGGGAAGCUUGACCCUCGAAAGGUAUUUACGAUACCGAAUGCCAUAGAAACGAGGUUCUUUUAUCCGGAUCCAGAGCAGUUCUAUGGUAAUCCCACAACUAUCAUAUAUUUGGGACGAUUGGUCUAUAGAAAAGGAGCGGAUUUACUAUGCGCAAUUGUUCCU